UGUGAAGGAAACGCCGAAUGAAUGGUUGUUUGUAAGAAGACACACCUUCUGGGGAACUUGUAGUAGCACAGGCGAGCGGGUUGUCUUUCUCUCAGUCAGUUGAGGGCGACAGAGGGAGGCGAGCUUCUCCCUCCUUCACUUAACGUUCCUGUAGCUUCAGACAUCGACUGGCGAGCUUCAUGUCUUUUUGAGAAUCAUGUCUUCACCGAAAUGGACUUAUCUUUUUUUGCUACAGGCUUGAGGAACGCUUCCUUUCUCAUGGAGUGGCUAGUGAAGGAAAAAUCUUGCUUGGGCACUCAGGAGGGAGUACGAGCUGUAGACGCAUACUAGCGCACUUCCACACUUUUCCGUUAACUUGAGAACCUCGUCGAGAACUUCAGGGGAUAUUUGGGCAUGGAAAUGCUUCCCACAAAGCUGUCAUGUCUUAGCUGUAGUAAACCCUUUCAAAAAAGAAUGAAGUAAACGCAAUGGAGCCGGAUAAUGCCCCGCACUCCAAACUCAGACAGGCUGGAGUCGGGGGGAGAAUCUUAUUUAUCUGCACGGUCCUCUACUGUACUUGCUAUCUAGGGUUGGCCCAGGUGCAGCCUGAAGAUGUGGAUAUCCUCCAGAAGCUGGGCCUGGUGGGAAAAAGACCUUCAUCAGGGACACGAUCCACUCCAUCAGGCGUAAUUCCCUUCAAGUCAGGAGUUAUCCUCACCCAGCGGGUGCGAAUCGAAGUGCCUGUGAACACAGUGGUGCCAGUCCCACUGAGCACGGAGUUUUCCCUGAUCUUCAGCAUCUGCUCACAUCGCAUCAAUAAUGCUUUCCUUUUCACCAUUGUGUCAAAGAGGAAGAGACUACAGCUAGGGGUGCAGUUCAUCCCUGGGAAAAUUGUAGUCUAUGUUGGCCAAAAGAACUCUGUAUAUUUUGAAUAUGACAUUCAUAAUGGCCAGUGGCACAACCUGGCUUUGGGCAUCCAACCCCAAAGGGUCACUUUAUAUACUUCUUGUGGGAAGACAAGUGUACAUGCAAAUUUGCAUUUUAAAAAUGAGGAAGCUCUGGAUCCAGAAGGCUUCUUUCUUUUAGGCAAAAUGAGCCAGAACUCAGUGCAGUUCGAAGGAGCCAUCUGCCAAUUUGACAUACAUCCUUCUGCCAAGGCAGCUCACAACUAUUGUAAGUACAUUAAAAAACAAUGCAGGGAAGCUGACACCUAUCGAGCAAACCUACCGCCACUUUUGCCACUGCUGCACCUGGAUCCCAAUAUCUCUGUCACUCUACGGACCACAAUGACCGUAACUGAGCUAAUCAAAAAAGGUUUUACUCCCAGCCUGUCACAGGAUAAAACAAGGAUUAAUACUGAAAUCUCAGGAGGAAUUAAUACGUCCAUUCAAAUGACAUCCCAGUAUGGUUCCUUGUCUUUGUCUGUGCAUGGAACAGUACCACCAAGGCUGUCCAGACCAAACCUUCAGAUUCCCACACAGGCCAAAACACCAACUGUUACCCCCUUCCUUAGCACCAGUGCAUCCCAAACAUUCCCCAAGCCCACCCAGAAGAGCAGUCCCAAAAAGGGGGUAACUAUAAAACCCCAUAAAUCAAAAGAUAACUACAUGCCUGUCACAGCAAAACCAACCAUAAAGAAGUUAGAAAGUGUUCAACCUUCAGCAGCUACCAAAUCGUCCAGCAUUUUGCCCAACUCGAAAAGGCAGCUGACUACUAUAGCAGUGAAGAGAUCCAUUCCAGAGGUGACCACCUUUCAGUACGCCAAGCCCAACUCUUUUGCACCUGUCACCCCUGCAGCAACAGAUGGUCUUCAAACAUUUGACCUGGAACCGACACAGUUUUUCCUCCUGGCUGGACCACCUGGACUACCUGGACUAAAGGGAGAGCCAGGACCACCGGGACCUCCAGGGGACCCUGGGAAGCCUGGAUUUCCAGGGAAAAGAGGGCCUCGGGGUCCUCCAGGUCCACAUGGAAAUCCAGGUCGCCCAGGGCCUAAAGGACUCAAGGGAAGAAAAGGGGACCCUGGACUCUCCCCUGGCAGAGUGCCAAAUGGAGCAAAAGGGGACCCUGGGAUAAUGGGACCACCCGGACUACCUGGACAAGCCGGUCGACAAGGACAAAAAGGUCAUCCUGGUCCACCUGGCCAUCCUGGAGAGCCUGGAGACCAAGGGCCAGAUGGAAACCCGGGUGCCAAAGGUUAUCCUGGCAGGCAGGGGUUGCCAGGGCCAAUAGGAAAUACAGGACCAAAAGGAGUUCGGGGCUUUAUUGGAAUGCCAGGGCUCUUUGGUCUCCCAGGACCUGAUGGAGAAAGAGGUGCUCCUGGUGUUCCUGGGAAGAAGGGCAAGAUGGGUAGGCCGGGCUUUACUGGGGAUUUUGGCGAGCGAGGACCACCAGGGCCUGACGGAAAUCCAGGAGAACUAGGUCCACCUGGUCCUAGUGGGGUACUUGGCCUUAUUGGGGACAUAGGACCUCUUGGAAUCAUGGGUCUUCCAGGGCCUGAUGGACCCAAGGGGGUAUCAGGGAAUCCAGGAGAGCCAGGACUGAAAGGUGAUAAGGGGGAAAUUGGUUUGCCAGGAGAGCCUGGAGAGCCUGGAUUCCAAGGUGACAAGGGUAUUCAGGGUUUGCCGGGAAUGCCAGGCAUCCGAGGGAAGCCAGGGCCACAGGGGAAACCUGGAGAUCAUGGACCAGAUGGUUUAUCUGGCCCUCCAGGCCCAGAGGGAUUUCCAGGUGAUAUCGGACCACCAGGAGAAAAUGGCCCAGAAGGCCCAAAGGGGAAGUCAGGAGCGACGGGCAUACCUGGUCCAAGAGGAGCGCCUGGACUUGAGGGAGAUGAAGGACCAGUUGGACCUGCCGGGCCCCUAGGACUGGAGGGUAGGCCUGGGACCAAGGGAUUCUCAGGAAAACCAGGAGCAGAUGGGCCCCAGGGCGAGCCUGGAGUAACUGGAAAUGUUGGGAUGCUUGGAGAGAGGGGACUUGAGGGGUUUAAAGGGCCUCCUGGUGAGACUGGGCUUCCUGGAGAGAAGGGAGCUCGGGGAGAGACUGGGCAGCCAGGGCCACCUGGAGAAAAUGGAGCGAUGGGACACACAGGAAUACCAGGUGAGAGGGGACCACCUGGACCACCAGGAAUACCUGGCCCUCUUGGUUCUAGGGGUCUCAGUGGCACUAGAGGACCCAAAGGCAGAAGGGGGCCAAGGGGGCCUGAAGGACCACCUGGGGAGAAUGGGUCAGUGGGGCGCAAGGGUCUGGAUGGUCCACCAGGGAAAUUGGGUUUAACAGGCCAGAAGGGAAAAAUCGGUGAACCAGGGGAAGCUGGACCACCAGGAUUCCCAGGUAUCCAAGGACCCUCCGGAAUACCAGGAGCAAAGGGAAUCCCAGGAAUGCCUGGACCUUCAGGGCCAUCAGGAACAAUAGGCCCUUUGGGUGAGAUUGGCUUGAUGGGCCUACCUGGAAAAGUCGGGGAAGUGGGCUUACCUGGAGAACUUGGAGAGAAGGGAGCUGUUGGGCCUCCUGGAAACAUCGGUGAACCUGGCUUGAUUGGAAUAAGAGGCGAGCAUGGGCUCAGCGGAGAAACCGGGCAGAGUGGCCUCGAUGGAGCCAAGGGCGAAAAGGGGGACAUGGGAGUAGAGGGCGAGCAAGGAGAAAAAGGAGAAAUGGGACUGAAAGGAAAGGAGGGGCCACCUGGAGAUCCUGGCCUAGUUGGCGUCAGGGGUCCUGAAGGCAAACCUGGCAAAAUUGGUGAAAGGGGAAAACCAGGAGAGAAGGGUCACAAAGGUCACCAGGGUCACCUUGGCGAGACUGGACCGGUUGGUGAACGGGGUCCUGUGGGUUUCCCAGGAUCAAAAGGAAACAGAGGAACCAUCGGAUUUGUGGGUGCACCAGGAAAAAUGGGCCUUGAAGGAAAUCUGGGCCUGAAAGGAUAUGAAGGACACCAGGGAACUCAAGGUCCAAUUGGCCCCACAGGACCAAAAGGUGCAAAGGGUGAACCAGGGGAUGAUGGGAAGAUUGAAGGCCCUGCUGGUCCUCCAGGUGACAUCGGCCCUGUUGGUCCAAGAGGGGUCAGAGGAGAACCAGGUGACCCUGGCUACCCAGGUCAGCAAGGUAUAGAUGGAGAAAGGGGCAAGCCUGGAGCUCCUGGAUUGCCAGGAAACCCUGGUCCAAGAGGCAUUCUGGGAUCCAAAGGAUCCAAAGGCGAUCGAGGCCCAAAAGGCAAAAAGGGUGCUCGAAGUGAAUCUGGCAGCAGAGGGCCUCCUGGUCCUAUUGGUCCCCCUGGUCCCAGAGGGGUGGUUGGUCGAGAAGGACCUGAGGGAAGUCCUGGCAUGGAUGGAGCUCCUGGAAAAGAUGGGCCUAAAGGAAUGCCAGGGGAGCAGGGAAGUGAUGGAGAAGUGGGUUUACCUGGAAAGACAGGGCCACAUGGCCAAACAGGGCAACCUGGCUUACAAGGGAGUCAAGGAUCCUUUGGACCAAAGGGUGAGAGAGGCCCACCAGGUGAGAUUGGACCUAUUGGCAAGCGUGGAAUCCAUGGAACCAUGGGGAUGCAAGGGAAAUCAGGCAACCAUGGAGUUAAAGGCCAACCUGGCGAUCCUGGCGAGAGGGGAUUGUCUGGACCUCUUGGACACUUUGGACCUAAGGGUCCACCUGGUGAUGCUGGUCCUGCUGGUAUCCAGGGACCACGAGGACCACAGGGUUUGAUGGGAUCGAGAGGUGCCAUCGGACCAGUCGGAAUCAUCGGACCCAGCGGUUAUCCAGGACCUCACGGGGACAAAGGAAGUCGAGGGGAGAUGGGGGUACCAGGACCAAGGGGCCCUCCGGGACCUCGUGGCCCACCGGGACCCCCAGGUCCCCCUGCUUCUUCUCUGUCUCUUAAGAGCGAGGCACUUGGUGCUGCUUUUCAAGUCAUAUUUGAUUCCUACUCUGCACUGAGGUCUGAGACAUACUCAGACAUAGACAUUCCCAUGCUGGACCAGGGAACCGAGAUCUUUAAGACCCUUCACUACCUCAGUAACCUGAUCUACAGCAUCAAGAACCCACUGGGAACGCAGGAGAACCCAGCCAGGAUGUGCCGGGACCUGCUGGACUGUGAGCACAGAGUGAAAGAUGGCACUUAUUGGAUUGACCCAAACCUGGGCUGCUCCUCUGACACAAUUGAAGUCACCUGCAACUUCACAGGCAGAGGUCAGACCUGCCUGAGGCCGCUCACUACAUCCAAGUUAGAGAUGGGUGUAGGAGUGAUCCAGAUGAACUUCAUUCACCUGCUGAGCUCAGAGGCAGUGCAGCUUCUCACCAUCCACUGCCUGAACGUGUCUGUGUGGGCAGAAGUGGCAUCCAAACCUCCAUCCCACAAUGCUGUGAGCUUCAAGGCCUGGAAUGGAGAGAUAAUCAAGGCUAGAGGACUCAUUCGGCCUGAACUGCUAAAGGAUGAAUGCUGGAUGACAGACGGACGGUGGCAUCAGACCCAGUUCCUUUUCCAGACACAGGAGCCCAACCUGUUGCCUAUAGUCGAUGUGCUGAACCUCCCAAACAAAAAAGCAGGCUUUAAUUAUCACCUGGAGGUGGGGCCUGUGUGCUUCAUAUAGAGGACAGAAGGAAAGAACAGAGAGCAGUAGGACUAAAGCUUUGUGCUCUGAGAUUUUUGGGCUCUCACUGCUCAGACCUGGACUGCAGACUCAGCGUGAAGGAAAAUGAGAUCCAGAGUAAAAAAUGAAAGUAAACAAGACUUCUCAAGCUGGAGGCUUAAUGGACAAAAAGCUAUUUUCUUUAAAGGACUACUUUUUCUCUUCAGCUGUUUUUAAAAGAAGACUUAAAGGAAACUUUGAGCAAUCCGUCUCAAGCUGCCAAAAGAGUUAAUUUAUUCACACAUUUGUGCUUUACGCACAAGAUUUCCUGUUACAGAUGGGUGCCGAAUUGUUCAACACAUAUUUGUAUUUACAGUACUUAUUUUGUAUCUUUUUUGUUUUUUUUUUUUGUUUGUUUUUUGUUUUUUUACACAUGAACAUAUGUAUUUAUAUGUGUAUGUAUAUUUUUUGUAAAGUGCAAUGUGAGAAAGAUUUUGUUGUAUAAAGGGAAAUCCUAUAUUUGGCUGUUCAAGUGAAUCAAGGUUUACUGUCACUCAUAUUGACUUUUUUUCAGGUUUGGUGCAUGUGUGUGUGUGUGUGUGUAUGUGUGUGUGUGUCUGUCUGUCUGUCUGUCUGUCUGUCUGUAGGUCUUGUUCUAAUGAUACUUGGUGGAUAUUGGAUUAUACAGUCCCAUUUGAAAGAAUUGGAAUGGCAAGGCCAAUUUCUUUAGUUUUUUUUGCUUUAAGCUGAAGACAUUUGGGAUUGAAAUCAAAAGUUGAAUAUGAAUUGAUAGAUCAGAAUUUCAGCUUUAAUUUCUUGAUAUUUACAUUUACAUUUAUUCACUUAGCAGACGCUUUUAUCCAAAGCGACUUACAAAUGAGAAAAAUACAAGCAAAAUAUUACAAAAGAUAUUACAUCUACAUGUGUUAAGCGACUUAGAACAUGGCACCUUUGGUGGCAGACCACCUAAUUUUUAGGUGAACAAAAGUACUGGAGCAGAUAGUUUUAAAGAAAAUUCGAGUAAAUAACACUUCGUAUUUGGUUGCAUAUCCCUUGCUUGCAAUAACUAUAUCAAGUUGGGUGAUCCACUGUUGCAUUCUUCUUUUGUGAUGCUUUUUCAGGCUUGUACCACAGCUUCUUUCAGUUGUUGUUUGUUUUGGGUGGGGGUUUCUCCCUUCAGGAGGUGAAAUGCUGCUCAAUUGGGUUAAGGUCUGGUGAUUGAUUGGCCAGUCUAAAACCUUCCACUUUUCCCUCAAUAAAGUCCUUUGUUGUGUUAGCAGUGUGUUUUGGGUUAUUGUCUUGCUGCAUGAUGAAGUUCCUCCCAAUUAGAUUGGAUGCAUUUCUCUGUAAAUUGGCAGACAGAUUGGUUCUCUAAUCUUCUGAAUUUAUUUAUUCUGCUGCUACCAUAAUGAGUUACAUCAUCAAUAAAAAUUUGUGAGCCCAUUCCACAAGCAGCCAUGCAAGCCCAAGCCAUGAUACUACCUCCACCGUGCUUUACUGAUGAGCUUGUUUGUUUUGGAUCAUGAGCAGAUCCUUUAUUUCUCCACACUUUGCCCUUUCCAUCACAUUGGUAGAGGUUAAUCUUGGUCCUAGAACUUCUGUGGCUCAUCUCUAUAUUUCUUUGCAAAUUCCAAUCUGACUUUCUGAUUUGUACUGCUGAAGAGGGGUUUGCAUUUUGUGGUAUGGCUUCUAUAUUUCUGCUCUCAAAGUCUUCUUCAAAUGGUGGAUUGUGAUACCUUCACCCCUGCACUGUUGAGGUUGUUAGUGAUGUCACUGACUGUUGUUUUUGAGUUUUUCAUCACAGCUCUCACAAUGUUUCUGUCAUCAACUGUUGUUUUCCUUGGCCAACCUGUUCCAUGUCAGGUUGUUAGUACACCAGUGGUUUCUUUUUUUUCUCAGACCAUUCCAAAUUGUUGUAUUGGCUAUGCCCAAUGUUUGUGCAAUGGCUCUGAUCGAUUUUACCCUAUUUUCUCAGCUUCAAAAUGGCUUGCUUUUCUUCCAUAGUCAGCUCUCUGGUCUUCAUGUUGAUUUAUCCUUUUUAACAACAAAUGCAGUCUUCACGGGCAAAACCCAGGUCUCAAACCAAGAGUAGACAUUCAGAGCUGUUAAUUGUUUAAACAAUCAGUCUAACAGGGCAAACUUGUGCAACAAGAAACCCUUGUCAGUCACAUGUCUAUUCCAGUAUUUUUGAACACUUGAAAAAUGUGUGGAUUCCAACAAAAUAUUCCAUGUUCCAAGUUGUUUAACGCAAGAUGUAAAUUUCAGGAAAUGAAAGCUGAAAUUCUGAUCUGUCGUAUCCUAUUCAUCUUUUGAUCUUAAAACCAAAUGUCUUCAGUGUAUAACAAAAGAACUGGCCUUGCUAUUCCAAUACUUUUAGAGGGGACUGUAUGUUAAGGUCAGGAAUAACUGUGCAUAAAUAUAUGCAUCAACACAUACACAUACACUCAACAUACACAUCAACACAUAACUCAUGUAACUUAUCAGGUUUAGUUAACAUUGAUGGAGGUGGUUUCAAGCUUGAAAGUAUCAUUAAAUGUCUACCUCCAAUCUCACAUUUUUAUGGUGCUCUAGGAAUAUCAGCUUUUAACAAAUAAAAAACUACAUGCGUCUUCUGUGGUUGAAUUGCCUUUGAAAUAUGGUUUGUUCUGUCAUCCAACAAGUGUCUAUAGAUGAAGUGCCUUUUUUUUUUUACUUUGAAAGGGAAUAUUUUUAUAUAAACAGAAAAAAGAAAAAAUAGUGUCCUUUUUAUAUGCUAUCUUGCCUAGAACAUUUUUGAUGUAUGCCUUGUGUACAAAUCCUUGAAUUCUACUAAGAGCUUAACAAGAAAAAAAGAAGUGUUUUAUGUUUUCAUACUUUAUUCAGAGUGAAAGCUGGAUCCAUCCAGUGUUUUAUUACCUGUACUACUAAACAUGGUCUACAUAUGAAUCCCCAUUGCUAUAAAAUAAUAAUCAGAAAUGCAAUGUCUCCUGUUGGCAUGUGAUCCAUAAGCCCUGUCUGACUGCACACGUGAUCAUUUGACAUUAAAAAAGUGCUCUUAAUAAAAUGUGUCUGUGCACGAAUAAGAUACACACUUUUCCAUGGAUCAUUCUAAUUGAAAUUAAGGGCACUAAGCCUUUUGCCUACAAGUAGCUCUUAAAGCUGCACCCAUGACCCUGAUUAGAAAUGUAUUUUUAUUCAAUUACAUAUUUUUUCUUUUCUUUUCCCCGCCAAUUCUGACCAACUUAGAGAUACAUGAAAUAUUUGUGGUGCGAACAGCUUUAUUGUGAGCCAUGUUAUCUCAACAUGAGGGGGUGUUCAAGGCAUUUUUGUUCUAUUGUGUGUACAUUUUAGGUUUCUGUGUUUGUGUGCUCCUUUUUACAAUAACCCAUGUGUGCUAUGACUGUAUUUUCCCCCCACAUAUACCCAAAUUAUAGCCCUCCAUGUCUGUGAAUGUUUUCCAUUUCUUCCAGUAUGUUUUAUGGAUGGAAUACCUCAUGUUGCAAACCAAGGAAUGUUUUUUUUUUUUUUUUUUUGGUCUCCUGAAUUAGUGAACAGAAGGUUGAAGUCAUAAUCAUAAUCAAAAUCCUCCUCAUGUCUGUACCAUCCUGAAUAUUCCUCAGCCAUUUCACCCUCUUAUUUACCUCUGAAUAAACAGCUGGGUGGUCAGUAAA